GCAGGCCGGAAUACGAGCCGUCGCUGUGGUUCGCCGCCACUUACUUCCCGCUUAAACUUUAGUUUUUCGAGAUUACGAACUUUCCGUUGCUUUCUAGGGUUUUUUCCCCUCCUGGUUCUGGAAAGCUCGGCGGCGGAAAUAUGGACGUCGAAGUUGAAACUUCGCCUGGCUACUUCCGGCCGGAAGAUCUUACUAUCAGAGAACAGUUUCGUCGCUACGGGUACUCUCACUGAACCUCUCAUCUUCCUUUUCAGUCGUGAAUGUAGAUGGUAAAAUUCAUAGCGAAGCUUCUUGUUUUGUUGUCGUGAAGAGAAUUUAACUCUGAAUCGCGUUUGAUUGAGAAUGAACCGAGAAUUCUUGUAUGUUUGUGACCUUUCUGUAUCUUCGUACGUUGUUGAUUUUCUGAGAAUGCGUGCUGCCUACAGUAAAAGGCACUCGGUAGCUAGCCCAAGUCAAGACAGUACGAACUCUAAGUUCAAGGACUCAAGGCUACUGUAUGAUGGGCAAAGCAUACACAGUCCCACAAAUGCUGUGCUUCUGCUCGAGGACAUUAAACAAGAGGCUGAUGGUACGGGUUCUGAUCACUUUGAUGCCACACCUGGGAGGUUUCAAGCUUCGGGUAAAAGGAGGAUGGUGAUUGAUGGAUUUUCAGAGAGUGAUCUCAUUGUCAAUCCAGAACUCCAGACUGGGACUCAAUCGCUCACAGCAUGCAAGAUGGAGGAUGAAUCAGCUGUCAGUGGAGAAGCAGUACUUGGGCUAUUUGCAUCUCUUCUGGAUUCUGCUGUUCAAGGUGCCUUCACUUCAGUUUAUGUUAUACCUGCGAAGCUUAGGAAUAGGGUACCUGGUUGUUUGGCUAGUGUUUGUUCUACAGUGGGACAAUUUGGGAGAAUUUUUCAAAUUUGAGAGUGUAUUGUAUAGUAGAACAGUGUUUUGCUUAGGUUGUGAUGUUGAGACUUCCCACUUGUCCUUUUUAGAAUGCUUGUUGUCUGUGUUUUGGUAAUGGAAGUCGGUCUGGUACCAGAAUGUACUGCCUCAUUAAAGACAAGUUACCUUUGUGCCUUCUCAGUCUGGUACCUUUGUGCCUUCUCAGUCCUCUAACCUUUUAAGGACAAGUUACCUUGUUGUCUGCAUUUUAUUCAAUGUGAUACUGGUUGGAAUGCUUUUAGAGUGGUAGUUCUUUGGAAGGUUGUAGCAUAUAUUCUUAGGUCUUGAGAAUUUUCUUGAACUAUAGACAUUAGUAUUGUAUAAAUCAAUCUAGUGGUGCCGAGUCUGUUACUACUUUGACUGAUGGAAAGUGAUAAUUUCUCCAUAUUUUGCAGGCUUGAUGCCAAUUCCAUAUUUGAUUUUGAGAUUUGAGAGAUCAUGCCGUAGUGUAUCAGAAGAUAUAAGGUGAGUCGCAUAACAUCUGGAAUAGUUACAUGGCUUGACCUUGGUUUGUCAUUCUUUGUAAUGCAGACUAUUGCAAGUGAAAACUAUUAUUCUCCAGAUUGUCCCUCUCUGUCUUUAUGAUUUUAAUAAGUAAGAUCAAUAGUUUGAUUUUACUUCAUCACCAGGGUUCCUUGUUAUUGCUUGUACAGGUCCCAAUCAACCAUAAGGCAUCGAGUUCUAGAGGACAAAUUAAUGCGGCAGAAGGUUCAGCUCCUGCUUGAUGAGGCUGGCACCUGGUCUCUUCUCUGGCACCUCUAUGGGAAACGUGAGUUUGUUAGUUUUGAAAGUUUUCCUCUUUGCAACAUAUUUUUCGAGUGAGAGUUUGAUAGAAAUAUCAUUACUGUCUCUGCAUCCUUGGGUUUAAAUUAUUAAAUGUAUGCUAGUAUUAAUGUGGGGAGCAUGGUAUUAAUAGUAGAAACGUGUGUGUCCCAUUAUAUGUCAAACUUCAAUUAGUUGCCAAAGGAGUGGAACUUAAUGGUGGACAAUGUUUUGAUAUUGUGUUUUUUUUGUUGUUAAGUAGCCUUAAAUUGACUUUAAGACAAACUUCUUUUCUAAAUUCCUGCAGAUUUAUCAUUUUAUACCUAGCCACAGGUCCUACUCUGGUAUUGUGCUAUCCUUCCUAGAUUCUUCUUGAACAUAGAGGAACCUAUUGCCAAUCUUUCUAUUUGUCUUUCUGCACCUCUCAUGUUCAUUUGAUUCAUGAAUAUAAUUCUAUUUGUUUC